AUGAGCCUCAGGUCACCAAGUUCGGGACCUGCCCCAUCUGUUUGUGUCUCCUUUGAACUCUCCCUUCCAGGCAGCUGGGCCUGGCUGCAGAAGGUCACUACGCCUGGGCCCCCAGAGCCGGAAGGCAGCAGGGCCCUUGCAGCGAGGCCCUCCCGGGACCCGCGGCCGUGGCCUCUCCGGUCCGGACACCUGUGGAGCCUCAGAGGGGCUGUGGAGGCCACGGCCGCGCUGACCUGCCCACUGCGGCCGGGCUACAAGCAGCCUGCCUGGGGGCUGGUCCCACAUGUGGGACGUGCUCAGGCCUGGCACCAGCCCUUAAAUGGCAGCCGCCUCAGGCAUUCCUUAUGCCCACAAGUCCCACUGAGGCUUACAUACGUUCCGAAUGCCAAUCUGGCUUCACACUCCAGAGCGUGGCUUUGGAAAGAGUAA